GAAGGCCUCUCCCUGCCAGAGGCUCAGGGCUCAGGAGCGGGAGCCACAGGGUGGGGGUGAGGCGCCACCCAGGGGGUCUCCUGUGUCCAGACACGACACCUGGGUCAGAGGGGCACCUCGGGGUUCCCAAGGCAAAGAGAAGCCCAGUUGUCCCCUGCUGCUGCCAGGCCUGCACAGCUCUGCCUGGGGGACCCUGUGCCCCGGGCUCCACCCGUACGGCUCUCUCCAGAUCCUGGCAUCUGUCUCGGGGUCAGCCAGGCCCCAGCCUUGGGGACCCAGCUCCCAGCCCAGCAGCCCUGGGAAGGGAGAGCCAGUGAAAAGGCUGAGGGGCCAGGAGGAGCUGCUCAGGGCAGAGGCUCUGGGCUCCUGGAGCGCGCUCGGUGGGAGGGGCGGGGCCUGUCCUGCCCGGGCAGCAGGAGGUGGCCCGGGCGGGCGAGGGCAUGCAGGAAUGCUGGCGGGCUGGGGUGCUGCCAGAGCACUUCCGCCCGCCCAGGUAUUCGGCCCGACCAGCUCUUCCGGCUCCCUGGGGUCACUAUGGGCAAUGCCUGUUAUGUCACUGGGCUAGGGUGACAGGAGAUUAGGGACAGAGGCCUGGUCAGCCCUGGGGAGCGCGGAGGCUGGCGGGCAGAUGCAGCAGCAGAAUCAGGCCCCGAGGUACCUGCAGGUCCCCUGUGCCCAGCUGUGUGCUCACUGCCGAGGUGCCCGAGUCCGGGAACCUUGUGGUCUGGCCGGCCCUGGGGGUGGGGGCGCCCCAAGGAUGGCGGUCACUGGCAAGGGUGCCUGGGAAGCAGCAGGUGCAGCUCCUCUUGCCUCACUGGCUCCGCCCAGGGCUGCCCCAGGCUCAGAGGUGGCGGCAGCUCACCCCAUCACCCCUGUCCCAGGAUGUCUGGCUGCACAGGAAUGCAGUGGCUCCGCCUGGACCUGACUCAGCGCAGGGCCGGGCCCAGACUUCUGGACCCCGCCGGGGCCACCUCCAGGCUGUCCGUGCCUUCCCCGGGACCCUUGCCCAGAGGGGUGGAGGUCAGGGCCAAGGGCCCUUCUCCCCUUUCUCCUGCACGUUGGCCAUCCUUCCCGGGGAUCUCGCUCCUUCUCCGGGGCCCCGAGGCGGCGGGGGCAGAGCCAGACCCCAGGCACGCAGGCUCGGGCUGGCCCCCCCCCACCAGCACCCCAGGCAGCAGGGUCCUUCCCAAGCCUCCAGCGGCACCCUGCCUGGGGCCACCCCUGGGCGGACCCCAGCCCCCACAGACACGGAGCAGACACACAGGACCACACCCGGCCCCGGCCCCGCCCACCCAGCGCCUGCUUCUGGGUCAGGCCUGGGCAGGGUUUCCUGGGAGGACCCUGGGCAGGUGCUGCAGGCUGAGCCCCACUGAGGGCUGCGUGUGGCGGUGGCCAUGGCUGGGGGUGUGUGGGGCCGGGCCCGGGGGGCCCCCGUGGGGGCCCUAACCCUGACGGCACUGGCUGAAGGGAUCCGGACAGGCCAGGGAGAGCGCACGGCAGCUCCUUCCAAGGACCCUGAGCCCAAACCGGAGCUGGAGCCCGAGGCAGAACCUGGAGGUGCACCCACUGUCCCUCCAGCCGCCCGGGAGCCCUGCUCCCCGCCCCAUGCACAGGACCCAGCCCCCGAGGGGCCCCGUCAGCCCCCCCAGAGCUCCUGGGAGGAGGGGGCCCUCUCCGACCUGGCGUUGUGCACAGCUGCCUGCCUGGAAGAGGCUGGCCUUGCGGGGACACAGGCGGCAGCACUCGCCCUGUCCUCGGCCCUGGAAGCCCGCGGGGAGCGGCUGGAGGAGCAGGUGCACGCCCUGGUGCGUGGGCUGCUGGCGCAGGUGCCCGGCCUGGCCGAGGGGCGGCCCCGGCGGGCAGCCCUGCGGGUGCUGAGCUCGCUGGCCCUGGAGCACUCCCGGGACGUGGUGCGCGCGCUGCUGCCCUGCUCGCUGCCCCCGGACGGGACGGCGGCUGAGCUGUGGCGCAGCCUGAGCCGGAACCAGCGCGUGAACGGGCAGGUGCUGGUGCAGCUGCUGUGGGCUCUGAAGGGCGCGGCUGGACCCAAGCAGGAGGCCCUGGCCGCCACUCGCGCCCUUGGGGAGAUGCUGUCCGUGUCAGGCUGCGUGGGCGCCACACGGGGCUUCUACCCGCACCUCCUCCUGGCCCUGGUCACACAGUUGCACGAGCUGGCCCAGGGCCCACGCUCCCCCGACACCCCCAAGGUUUGGGCCCCGUCCCACCGUGGGCCACCGCGCAGCCACACCAGCUGCACAGUGGAGGCCCUGAAGGCCCUGCUCACCGGGGACGGCAGCCGCAUGGUGGUCACGUGCAUGGAGCAGGCUGGAGGCUGGAGGAGGCUAGUGGGAGCCCACACCCACCUGGAGGGCGUCUUGCUGCUGGCCAGCGCCAUGGUGGCCCAUGCGGACCACCACCUGCGGGGCCUGUUCGCUGACCUGCUGCCCCGGCUGCGCAGCGCCGACGACGCCCAGCGCCUUACGGCCAUGGCCUUCUUCACUGGGCUGUUGCAGAGCUGGCCCACCACGCGGCUCCUGCGGGAGGAGGUCAUCCUGGAGCGGCUCCGCGCUUGGCAGGGCGACCCGGAGCCCACAGUGCGUUGGCUGGGGCUGCUUGGCCUCGGCCACCUCGCGCUGAACCGUGGGAAGGUGCGACACGUGACCGUGCUGCUGCCCGCGCUCCUGGGUGCGUUGGGUGAAGGCGAUGCGCGACUCGUGGGCGCAGCGCUGGGCGCGCUAAGGAAGGUACUGCUGCAGCCGCGGGCGCCGGUGCGACGCCUGAGCAGGGAGCUGGGGCUGCGUCUGCCACCGCUGCUGGACGACGCCCGAGACUCAGUGCGCGCCUCGGCCACCGGGCUCCUCGGGACGCUGGUGCGGCGCGGCCAGGGCGGGCUCCGGGUGGGGCUCCGAGGUCCCUUGCGGAAGCUGGUGCUGAAGAGUCUGGUGCCGCUGCUGCUGCGCCUGCAUGACCCCAGCCUGGAUGCCGCAGAGAGCUCAGAGUGGACCCUGGCCCGCUGUGACCGAGCCCUGCGCUGGGGCCUGCUGGAGGAGGUGGUCACUGUGGCCCACUACGACAGCCCUGAGGCCCUAAGCCGCGUCUGCCAGCGCCUGGUUCAGUGGUACCCGAGCCAUGUGCCCCGCUUCCUGAGCCAGACCCAGGGCUACCUGAGGAGCCCGGAGGACCCUCUGCGCCGGGCCGCUGCCAUGCUCAUAGGUGAGGCACUCCGGGUGGCACGCUGCCCCUCGCACCCCGAGUUCUGGGAGCGUGGGGCCGGCACUCACAGGUUUGCCCUGCCCAGGCUUCCUUGUCCAUCACAGCAGCCCCAGCCGCGUCAGCUCGGACCUGCUGGACUCCCUGUGCCAGGGCCUGGGGCAGCUGCAGAGCGACCCCGAGCCGGCCGUGGCCGCCGUUGCGCAGGUAUCUUCCCAGCAGGUGGCGCUGCUGGCCCGUGCACAGGGCUGUCGGCGGCGGGGCCUGCGCUUCCGCUUCCCCGGUCUCCGCCGGAGCCCCGCCCGGCCCGCCCGGCCCCCGCCCGUCUACCCCGACAGCCCCUUUCAGCGCCGGAGCCUCGCGGGGCGGUGGGGCUGCCCCGGCCCCGGCUGAGCCUGGCCCCGGCCGUCCCCUGGGUGGGGGUCCAGCCCAGGGAGGGCUCGGGAUCUGCACCUGGCACCCCACCGCUCUGGGGCCCCGGCCCUGGGCUCUGGGCUGGAAGCUGGCGUUGCCCGCCCCAGGGCCGCGCCCCCUCGGCGGCGGGAGCGCCCUGCGGCUGCGGCACCUUCCUUAGGAGGACGUCAGCGCUUCUGUCCGAGCACCAUGUCGCCUGAGCCCCUGCGCCUGCGGGCGCACCCAUCCCUCCUCAGGCCUGCGGCCUCCCGGCCCCGGGCCUGCGCGACGUCCGACCUUCCAAGGAGGGGUCUGGCGCGGGACACUGUGAAGCCCUGGGAGCUCCGGCGGCUUCCUGGGCCGCCCCCCCACCCCCCGGCUGGCCCCCCUACCCUGCUGGCCACCUGCCAGCCCUGUCAUGUGCCCACUCCUCGCCAGCCCGAGUCCUGGCCUGACCUCCCGCCCACACCUGUCGCCCCCUGUCCUGGCACCGUCUCCCGCACGCUUCCCCACUCCCGGCCAUCAGACCGGACCCCACCCGAGCCUUCUGCAGAGGGCCUCCCUGACCUCUCCACUGGACACCGCAGGCCUGGGGUGCUACCUGUGGGUUCCGUGUGGGGGCCAGCACCUGCACCCCCACCAGGCCGAGCCCGCUCGCCGGCACCGCAGCACCCUGUGCGGGGGCAAAUGAGGAAGGUGUGACGGGACGUUCGGGGAAGGAGCCCCCCUGCAGACCCCCCAAGCUGUGACCAAGCACACAGGGCUGUGGGUGGGUUCCUCCACCCAGCACACCCCCACCCCCUGGAACUGCUUUUCAAGCCCCUCCCUGCGAGCUGCGGCCUCGGAGAGACCUCCGUGGACACAGCCCCUUUGCCUGCAGGGUGGGGCCCCUGGGGAAGGCCGGGGGUCCUGCCGGCUCCUAGGGGAAGCGUCUGAAGUAAAUGCACAUGGAUCAGAGG